CCGGCGGCCACCCUUUGUCUUCAAAAGCCUUCAAACCAAGUCGGAGCUCUCGUCGUAGAAUCCAACAGAACUGAUUGGACCCGACCUGGUUCAAAUCCUUUCCGUUCUUCAGGUGCUGCUUUACUACAUCGAAUAAUGCUAAAUUCUAGGCUUUCUAGAGUUGGAUUUCGGAUUGCCAAAGAGCUAUCAAGAGGCGGAUAUACAUAUAUGUCUAGAACAAGAUACAUACAAAAGGCUUGUGGGCAGUACCAGCGCUCUCUGCUGGAAUUACUGCCAGAAACUAGAGGCUUUCAAGGGAUCAUAUUUCAAAAACAUCAUGAUUUUUCAUCCUCAGCUUCCAACAAUGCUUCUGAGGGAGGGAAUGGACAGAGAGAAAUGAUAUCUGUCACAUUUGUUACAAAGGAUGGAGAAGAAAUCCCCAUUCAGGUACCUAUUGGAAUGUCUAUGCUGGAAGCAGCUCAUGAAAAUGAUAUAGAGCUUGAAGGAGCAUGUGAGGGUUCACUUGCUUGUUCAACAUGCCAUGUCAUAGUGAUGGACAUGGAGUACUAUAAUAACUUAGAAGAUCCAACUGAUGAGGAAAAUGACAUGUUGGACUUGGCCUUUGGGCUUACAGAAACGUCUCGUCUGGGGUGCCAAAUAAUUGCAAGUCCUGAACUUGAUGGAAUUCGUUUAGCAAUCCCUGCUGCCACACGAAACUUUGCUGUUGAUGGGUAUGUUGCAAAACCACACUAGACAUGCACAAACACCUAAUUCUGUUUAAAUGAGCAUAAAGGAUUCGGUCAUCCAGUUUUGUAGCUUCUAUAUUGUCUUGGAUCUACGAGCAUCUAUAAUCCUCAAGUGAUUAUUUUUGUAUUAAUUAUUGCUUAUUAAAUUCCAAAUAAUCCCUGUGACAUUGAUUCUAUAGAUCAAAUGAUAUCAAUGCUCCUAUGACCAUACUUGGUUCUGUAUCUUUUUGAAUACAGACCUGGAAACUCAAGAUUAAUGCCAGUUGGCAGGUUAUUUACACUGUGCUUAACUAUAACUAUGUGGUGGGGCUGGUGGAUCAUAAUUUAAGUGUGGAUUAGUUCUCAAAACCAUAACCAUCAUGAAUUGAUGAUGAACUAAAAGAUCAUGGUUCAAUAUGUAUCUAUAGUUUCUUGCCUUAAACUGAUGUUGUGGUUGGUAGAAGUUGUGAGUCUGUGGUACCAGAUAAAUGCUAGCUAAUUCUAUAUUGCUUAAUUCUCUGGCAAGUUGGAGAUUGAAAUAUAGAAACAAAUGAAGCACUGAACAGUCAAUGCAUGCAGCCCUCAGGCAAUUUUUACCUCAUAGUGAAGAAUUUGUUGAGUAGAGUGUGGCAUGUUUUAUAGUAAAUGUUGGGCUGAUUUUGUGUUCCUGUCGUGUGAGACUUGGAUCCUCUGUCGGCCACCCUUGAUGCAUCACUAUCUAUAUCACAAUUGGACUCCAAGGUGAUUGACAUAUUCCCCUUUGAUUUUCUAGUUGAUUGAUAGGUUCCACCUAAAUGGCUAAUUGCCUCUUAAAAAAUCUUAAACUUUUUUUUUUUUUUUUUAAAUUAGUACCAGUUGGUACGAGACAGCACAAACGAGUGAUGGUAAAAUUCUGUAGCGUUACCUAAAACCCUUAUGCUUCACGAUGGCAUUAUUUCUUUGUAUUUGGUAGUACAAGUGAAUGGAGGAGGCUCCCAUCAUUUAGAUUUUGUUGUUGUCACUCGAUUAUAUUCCUCCUUAAGAACAUCCGAACAUUUAAUUUAAUGAUCGAAACAUGUUUUUAUAAUAAAAAAUUUUAAUUCAAUGGUAGAAACAUGUUGUUAUACUCGAAAAUUUGUGUUUGAAUCUCCAUC